GUGCGCCGGGGGGCGCGCACGCAGGGGGCUGGCCUGCCCGGGGCGCGGGGGAAAGUUGAGUUGAGAGAAGUUGCGAACAGCAGGGGCGCGCCCCGGGGUGGGCACUGGGGUGUUGUCGGGAGCGCGCGAGGGUAUCGGAGAAGGGGAAAAGUCCCUGAGACCCCGGAAAAACGAAGUCCAGAUCUAGCGGGUUAUGCCGCCGCCCUGUUGCCCUGAAAGCCUCAGCGACAGCGAAAAGGGCUAAGAUUUGGCCAUGAGCAGCGCCCCCCGGCGCCCCACCUCGGGCGCAGACUCUUUCUGUACUCCAGAGCCAGAGAGCUUAAGUCCUGGGACACCUGGGUUCCUGGAGCAGGAGGAAGAUGAACUUCACCGCACUCUGGGUGUGGAGCGGUUUGAUGAAAUUCUGCAGGAGGCUGGGUCUCGAGGAGGAGAGGAGCCAGGCCGCAGCUAUGGGGAGGAAGACUUUGAGUACCACCGCCAGUCCUCCCACCACAUCCAUCACCCACUGUCUACCCACCUACCUCCGGAUACCCGCCGCCGCAAGACACCCCAGGGCCCAGGACGGAAACCUCGCCGGCGCCCUGGAGCCUCCCCAACUGGGGAAACCCCCACCAUUGAGGAGGGUGAGGAAGAUGAGGAUGAGGCCAGUGAGGCUGAGGGGGCCCGGGUACUUACCCAGCCAUCCCCUACUUCCACACCCUCUUUGGUACAGUUCUUCCUCCAGGAGGAUGAUAGUACUGACCGGAAGGCAGAAAGGACCAGUCCCUCUCCCCCUCUACCACUAACCCAUCAGGAGACAGCUCCCUGGGCUACCAAAGGGGCCCAGACUGGAGCUCUAGUGGAAGAUGUGGUGGCAGUGACCAGCGGCACAGCAGGAGGUGAUGAUGGAGGUGCCUCAGGGCGCCCGCUGACCAAAGCCCAGCCUGGGCAUCGCAGCUACAACCUUCAGGAAAGGAGGCGCAUUGGGAGCAUGACCGGCACUGAACAGGCACUGCUGCCCCGUGUCCCCACGGAUGAGAGUGAGGCCCAGACGCUGGCCACGGCUGACCUAGACCUCAUGAAGAGUCAUCGGUUUGAAGAUGUUCCUGGUGUGAGGCGGCACUUGGUGCGGAAGAAUGCCAAAGGGUCUGUGCCAGGCAGCCGAGAAGGGAGGGAGCCUGGUCCCACACUUCGGGCACGGCCCCGAACCCCUCACAAGCCCCAUGAGGUAUUUGUGGAGCUGAAUGAAUUGCUGUUGGACAAAAACCAAGAGCCUCAGUGGCGGGAGACAGCUCGCUGGAUCAAAUUUGAGGAGGAUGUAGAAGAGGAGACAGAGCGCUGGGGGAAGCCCCAUGUGGCCUCCCUGUCCUUCCGAAGUCUCCUGGAACUCCGCCGGACCCUGGCCCAUGGAGCUGUGCUCUUAGACCUGGACCAGCAGACACUGCCUGGCAUAGCCCACCAGGUGGUAGAACAGAUGGUCAUUUCUGACCAGAUCAAGGCUGAGGAUAGAGCCAAUGUGCUGCGAGCCCUGCUGCUGAAACACAGCCACCCAAGUGAUGAGAAGGACUUCUCUUUCCCCCGCAACAUCUCAGCUGGCUCCCUGGGCUCCCUUCUGGGUCAUCACCAUGGCCACGGGGUGGAAAGUGACCCCCAUGUCACAGAGCCUCUCAUUGGAGGUGUUCCUGAGACCCGCCUGGAGGUGGAGCGAGAGCGAGAGUUGCCCCCUCCAGCCCCACCUGCUGGCAUCACUCGCUCAAAGUCCAAGCAUGAGCUGAAGCUGCUAGAGAAGAUCCCUGAGAAUGCAGAAGCAACGGUGGUACUUGUGGGGUGUGUGGAGUUCCUGUCCCGCCCCACCAUGGCCUUUGUGCGGCUGCGGGAGGCAGUAGAACUGGACGCAGUUCUCGAGGUGCCUGUACCCGUGCGCUUCCUUUUUCUGCUGCUGGGCCCAAGCAGUGCCAACAUGGACUACCACGAGAUAGGCCGCUCAAUCUCCACCCUCAUGUCCGACAAGCAAUUCCACGAGGCAGCCUACCUGGCAGAUGAGCGGGAGGACCUGCUGACAGCCAUCAACUCCUUUCUGGACUGCAGUGUGGUGCUGCCGCCCUCGGAGGUGCAGGGCGAGGAGUUGCUACGCUCUGUAGCUCACUUCCAGCGCCAGAUGCUCAAGAAGCGGGAGGAGCAGGGGCGGUUGUUGCCCACUGCGGCUGGGCUGGAACCCAAGUCUGCCCAAGACAAGGCGCUUCUGCAGAUGGUAGAAGCAGCAGGCGUAGCUGAAGAUGAUCCCCUUCGGCGGACAGGCCGGCCCUUUGGGGGCCUGAUCCGUGAUGUGCGACGCCGCUACCCCCACUACCUGAGUGACUUCCAAGAUGCACUCAACCCCCAGUGUCUGGCUGCUGUCAUUUUCAUCUACUUUGCUGCCCUGUCUCCUGCCAUCACCUUUGGUGGACUACUUGGAGAGAAGACACAAGAUCUGAUUGGGGUUUCGGAGCUGAUCAUGUCCACAGCACUCCAGGGGGUGAUCUUCUGCCUGCUAGGGGCUCAGCCACUGCUGGUGAUCGGCUUCUCAGGGCCACUGCUGGUCUUUGAGGAGGCCUUUUUUUCGUUCUGUAGCAGCAACAACCUGGAGUACCUGGUGGGUCGUGUAUGGAUUGGCUUCUGGCUGGUGCUUCUGGCCCUGCUCAUGGUGGCCCUGGAGGGCAGCUUCCUGGUGCGCUUUGUCUCCCGUUUCACCCAGGAGAUCUUUGCCUUCCUCAUCUCUCUCAUAUUCAUCUAUGAGACUUUCUACAAACUGGUUAAGAUCUUUCAGGAGCAUCCACUCCAUGGCUGCUUAGUCUCCAACAGCCCAGAGACCAACAGUGGCAAGAAUAAGACAUGGUCUGGGGCAGAAGCAGUGAUGGGACUGGGAAACUGGAGCUCGUCUGGGCAGGGGAGGCCUCGGGGCCAGCCCAACACAGCCCUCCUGUCGCUGGUGCUCAUGGCUGGCACCUUCUUCAUUGCCUUCUUCCUGCGCAAAUUCAAGAAUAGCCGGUUCUUCCCUGGCCGGAUCCGACGGGUCAUCGGGGACUUUGGGGUCCCCAUUGCAAUCCUCAUCAUGGUGCUUGUGGAUUACAGUAUUGAGGACACCUACACGCAGAAGCUGAGUGUACCCAGUGGGUUCUCGGUGACAGCUCCUGAAAAACGGGGCUGGGUCAUCAAUCCCCUGGGAGAGACAAGCCCCUUCCCUGUGUGGAUGAUGGUUGCAAGCCUGCUGCCUGCCAUUCUCGUCUUCAUCCUUAUCUUCAUGGAGACUCAGAUCACCACGCUGAUCAUCUCCAAAAAGGAACGCAUGCUACAGAAGGGCUCCGGCUUCCAUCUGGACCUGCUGCUCAUUGUAGCCAUGGGUGGCAUCUGUGCUCUCUUUGGCCUACCCUGGUUGGCUGCUGCCACUGUCCGUUCCGUCACACAUGCCAACGCACUCACUGUCAUGAGCAAGGCUGUGGCUCCUGGGGAUAAGCCCAAGAUUCAGGAGGUCAAGGAGCAGCGGGUAACGGGGCUGCUAGUUGCCCUGCUUGUGGGUCUCUCCCUGGUUAUUGGAGAUCUGCUUCGGCAGAUACCACUGGCUGUGCUCUUUGGAAUUUUCUUGUAUAUGGGUGUUACCUCCCUUAAUGGGAUUCAGUUCUAUGAGCGGCUGCACCUUCUGCUCAUGCCGCCCAAACACCACCCAGAUGUCACCUAUGUCAAGAAGGUUCGGACCUUCCGUAUGCACCUGUUCACAGCCCUGCAGUUGCUCUGCCUGGCCCUGCUCUGGGCUGUCAUGUCCACAGCUGCCUCCCUGGCCUUUCCCUUCAUCCUCAUCCUUACAGUGCCGCUCCGCAUGGUGGUGCUCACCCGCAUUUUCACCGAGCGAGAGAUGAAAUGUCUGGAUGCAAAUGAGGCGGAGCCAGUGUUUGAUGAGCGGGAGGGUGUGGAUGAGUACAACGAGAUGCCUAUGCCUGUGUAGCUGCUGGCUGGAGGGACCAGCCUGAGGGACUGAUGGACAGAGGGACCAGGGGUUGGGGUUAUGGUCUUGCCACCUCCUUCUUCCUCAUUUUUAUUUAAGUGAAUAAUUUAAAGUCCUCACUCCUGCAGUAAAGUGCUUUAGCCCC